CUGCGGCAAGCGUCACCGCCUUCCCCCCCGGCCGGCGGGUCUCCCAAAGAAAAAACAUACCUAUGUCGUCUUAAAUUGGUGGAUUGCCAUUGUACAUACAUACGUGUACGUACCUACGCUAUCGAGACUGUGUGAGACGAGUGGUUUCUGUUCCUGUGUGGAUGGCGACUUGCUUGUGAGAGAUUGAAACGUCCGAGCGCUUUUAUUUGUGUGUAUACUUUCCAGCGAGCGUUCUUCGAUAGAUAAGGCCUACCGUUUCGACUUCCAAACACGCAUUGAGGAUUAGAAAAGAAAAGAAAAGAAAAGAAAGGGGAAGGGGAAAGGAGAACAGAGAAGGUCCGACAUACCAUCAUAGCUACACAGCUACAACCCUCGCCAUUACAAUCAUCCACGAAGACACACAUACCACAAUAGACGAUAGACCCAGCGAAAGCGACCACCACAAUGCCGCGCGACGACCCAGAACCCGACUCCGACCGCGACGUCGAGCGCGAGCGCCGCCGCCGCGAGCGAGACCGCGCCCGUCGCCAACAAGCGCGCAACUCCUCGCAGCAACCCUCGCCGCGACGUCCCCGCGACGGCUCCCGCGACGAACAUGGCCGGCGGCGGAAGGGCCACAGGGCCACGGACUCGCAAGGCGACGCGCUGCUGCCGCGUGCGUCCCCGGCAGCUGCGCGAGGAGCCUCGCGGCGAAGACAGUCGGAGUCGGAGUGGGAGAGGGAGGAGGGGUCGACGCCGAGGAGAUCGAGACGGUCCAGUGCGACGCCUGGUGGCAGUUCGAGGGAUAGUGGGAAACCGUUGAGUCUUGAUGCGCUGGCGAAAUUGGAUAAACAUAAUGCGAAGAAGGCGGGGUGGAGGGGUUACGAUUACGACGAGGAUUAUCUGAGGGAGGUCAGGAACAAGGAGGCGAAGCUUGAGAAGCAGAGGGUGAAAGAAGAGAGGGAGGAGAAGAGGAGGGAGAAGGAGGAGCAGAGAGCGAGGGAGGAGAAAGAGGCGAAGAGGAAAGCGUAUGAGAGUAGUCUUGCGGCCGAGGAGGCGGCGAGGUUGAAGAAGGAGAGAAUGAGGAGAGAGGAGAGGGAGAGGAGGCGAGCCCAUACAGAUGAUGAGGGACGGGGCGGAGGCAGGAGAGGAAGCUUCACCGACGUAGAACGGGACGAGAGACGGAGACGAUAUGAGGAGAAAUAUACCCCAUCUGAGAGGGCUGAAAGACGCGAGCGCAGACGCGAAGAGAAGAGGCACAGAACGGAGCAGAAGAAUCGGAGGGUGAUUAGUGGUCCCCUCGCUGAAGAAGGAGGCAUCGAUGAUGACGAUGAGUACCGGUACAUGAUGGAGAAACGAGGAGGCGCGGGCAAAGCUCCUUCUGAGCUCUCUGAAGAGGAAGCUGCUAGGAAGAAGAAGAGGAAGAAGAUCAUCAUUGGAGUGAUAGCCGUGCUUCUCGCUCUUGCGAUUAUCAUUCCUGUCGCAGUUAUGGUGUCCAAGAAAAACAGCGGCGAUGAUGGUGGAGGUGGUGGUAGUACAUCGGGCGAUGGAGAACCCAGCAAGAGCAACCUCAAAGACAUCGACCCAGCCAGCAUUCCAGAUAGUGCUAAAGGGGGCAUACUAGAUCCAUUCUCUUGGUAUGAUACGGCGGAUUUUAACGUGACGUAUACGGAUAAAACGGUCGGCGGACUACCAGUCAUGGGCCUUUUCGACAAAUACGAUGACAAUGUGCAGGCUAACGACAAGGUACCCAAGCUGAACAAAGCGUUCGAAUAUGGCAAGAUGCCCAUCCGAGGUGUCAACGUUGGUGGAUGGCUGAACCUGGAGCCUUUCAUCACCCCAUCCUUCUUCGAUUCGUACACCCAGCGUGACAAUAUUGUCGACGAAUACACGCUUUGCACCCGUCUUGGAGAAAGGUGCAAGUCUUUCCUAGAAAAGCACUAUGCCACCUUCGUCACAAAGCAAACCUUCAAGGAUAUCCGAGAAGCAGGAUUCGAUCACGUUCGCAUACCCUUUGGAUACUGGAUCGUGACCACCUAUGAAGGAGACCCUUAUGUCAAACAAGUGUCAUGGCGAUAUCUACUCCGUGGCAUUGAGUGGGCUCGUGAGAAUGGACUCCGCAUCAAUCUCGACCUUCACGGCGCACCAGGGUCUCAGAACGGAUGGAACCACUCUGGUCGUCAGGGUGUGAUCGGCUGGCUCAAUGGUACCGAUGGCGAACUCAACGCGCAACGUACUCUCGACGUACAUCAUCAAUUAUCGCAAUUCUUUGCCCAGCCCCGCUACAAGAACAUCGUAACCAUGUACGGCCUGGUCAACGAGCCCCGAAUGGUGGAGAUCGAUACUCCAAGCGUGAUUUCCUGGACCGAGAAAGCCAUCAGCCAAAUCCGCAAAGACAACAUCUCUGCCGUCCUCGUCUUCGGCGACGGUUUUUUCGGCCUCGACAAUUGGCAAGGCAAGCUCCAAAACGAUGACAUGCUUCUCCUUGACGUCCAUCAAUACGUCAUCUUCAACGUCGACCAAAUCUCCCUCAAACACACCGAUAAACUCAACUUUGCCUGCCGUGGCUGGACGGCCCAGUCUAAACGUUCCAUGGACAAAAAGACUGGAUUUGGCCCUACCAUGUGCGGUGAAUGGUCUCAGGCCGAUACGGAUUGCACUCAAUUCAUCAACAACGUCGGCAAAGGAACCCGAUGGGAGGGCACUUUCAACACCGGAAACGCAUCCACCUCCGUCCUCAAGCCCCAAUGUCCAGCCACCACAUGCUCCUGCGACGGAGCAAACGCCGCCCCCGGCGACUACAGCGACGCCUACAAGAAGUUCCUCUACCAGUUCGCCGUCGCUCAGAUGAUCAGUUUCGAAUACGGCUGGGGCUGGUUCUACUGGACAUGGGAUACCGAAAAGGCAACCCAGUGGAGUUGGAAGAAAGGCCGCGCCGCAGGCAUCCUCCCCAAAGACGUCAGCGACAAGAGCAGCUGGGACUUCGACUGUCCCAUGGAGCUAGACGAUUUCGAGAAGCUGGGCCUGCCCGAGAGUUAUAAACGAGAUAUGAUGUGGUAGAUAUCUAAAAUAGUCCCCCGGAAGAUACACACACGCACUGGGGCGAGGUACAUAUAUAUACAUGGGCUUAUAUGGGAUUGUAAAUGGCGUUGAUGCUUUUUUUGUUUUUCAUUUUUGCAUGGCGGAGUCGAUGGAUUUAUUACUUGAUGCAUAUUGGGGGAUUGUGUGGCAUCUUGCAGAUAUAUAUUAGCAUUGACGUACGAUAAUCGUUUCCUGCAUAGCGUUGAUGUUUUCAGUUGAUAGCAUGGCAG